AUGGCGGUGGCACCAGAGGAGGUGCUGGCAGCUGUCAGUGCACACGGCGUCCACCAGGGGGAGCACCGAGGCCAGGAAAAUGAGGUAUUUCAAGCAACAUUUGGAUUUUGCCCAAAAUCCCACCAUGUAUUGAAUAUCUUUGAAUUGCUGAAAGCUGCCAAGAUGCAUUCUCUCCCUGGUCUUGGCAUCUGUCUCAGCAAAGAAGAGCAGAGACUUUGCAUUCAACAAAUCUGCUCAAAUUCAUAUUCUUCAACAGGAAGUACAGAUGCUACGCUUCAAACAGACGAAUUUAUGAAUUCCAAGAAGUCCCAUGAAGUCCUAUGUAUGUCUGAGGUUGUUGCCUUUUUGGCCCAGGGAUGUCAAGUCAAGCAGAUUAUAGACGUUGGUUCAGGGAAGGGCUAUUUAAGCUCUUUUCUGUCCAUGCAGUAUGGCCUUCAGGUGUAUGGCAUUGACUCAUCCAGUACCAACACACACGGAGCCCAGGAGAGAGACCGAAAGCUCAAAAAGUUCUCCAAGACUUUUCAGCAACACAGUAAAGCAAACAGAAAGAAACCCACUACACACGAAGAAAAGCCACCUGACUCUUCAAAAGACAUAGAUCAUAAAACCCAAGUAGAAGAGACAUCAUCACUGUUGACACCAGGGGAGCAUUUGUCUACUGAUGCAGAGGAGCAUUUGGAGAUGGAGCAAACAAAUCAAGAAUCUGCAGAGAACUUUUUUUUAAAUGCUUUGUCUUUAGAUGUGAUUGAGGCAGCAUCAUUAAGAGUCCCUCCAAGACAACUGACCAAUGAGGAGCGAGAGCGGAGGAAGAGGGAGAAUUUGGAACGAAAAGCUCAAAAUGAAAGCAUAAGUAAUGGACCCUUGUUUUCACCCAUUACAUCUUAUGUCACUGCUGAAACAGAACUACGAGAGUUAAUCGGUGAACUACAGGCUGCGGUCCUCGUAGGCUUGCAUACCUGUGGGGACUUGGCUCCCAGCUCCCUGAGGAUGUUUGUAGCUAAAACUGAGCUAAGUGCAGUCUGCAGUGUGGGCUGCUGUUAUCACCUACUGUCAGAAGAGUUUGACCCAACCGCACAGGAGGCACCAGAAAGGUUAAAUGGAUUUCCUUUGAGCCAGUACCUUCGUGACCAGUCCUGGUUUUGUGGAAGAAAUGCCAGGAUGUCUGCGUGCUUGGCACUUGAACGAUUUUCUCAUGGCCAAGGGAUUCAGAUGGAGUCUUUAUUUUAUCGUGCUGUACUGCAUGUUAUACUCCGGGACCACUUUGGAUCAUUCAAAAGUGAAAAACGAGUGGGUAAUGUUUACUCCAAGACUAAAUCUUUUGUGGACUACGUGAGGAGAGCUUUGCAAAGACUUGAUCUGGAUGAGACAAAACUUUCUGAUGGUGAUAUUCAGGGUUACCAUGACAAAUACAGGCUGCGGAUGAAUGAGCUUGACGCUUUCAGCAAGUUAAAAGUUAUUCUGGCGCCGUGCGUGGAAGGAUUGAUCCUUCUUGAUCGUCUGUGCUACCUCAAAGAACAGGAAAAUAUAUCGUUCUCUGCAUUGGUUCAGCUCUUUGAUCCUCUUCUUUCACCGAGAUGCUACGCUGUCAUCGGACUCAAAAGGAAUUGA